UAAAGACUGCGCGACCUAUAUUUUGUAUCAGUCGGCAUUUUACACGUGUAGAUAACGACAUCGUGCAUCGCGGUUUAGUAUUAAAUAAAAAGUCACGAUUGUCCAAACGGAACACCGUAACAGCGCGACCUAUUUUUUGUAUAUUUGUUCACCGAUGAGACUUUAACCGAUGAGACUUAAACAGUUUAUUUUCUACUACUAAACUUCUCUCGUAAACAAAGAAGUCCGGAGUGCUUUUUACACACGUUUAGUUGGUUAGUUGACAAAAUAAAAAAUGUCUUCUAAACCGCUAGCAGGAAAAGUCUGUAUUGUCACAGGUGCAACGCGAGGGAUAGGAAAAGGGAUAGCCCUUCAACUAGCAGAGAAAGGAGCUAAAGUGUAUAUAACUGGACGGACUUUAGAUCCACCAAAGGGGUCAAAAGUGGGCGGUUCUUUACGAGAUACAGCACAGGAAGUUGAAGCCCGGGGUGGAACUUGCGUUCCGGUGCAGUGUGACCAUUCAAAAGACAACGAUAUUGAAAAAUUGUUUGAACAAGUUAAAAGAGAAAAUGAAGGACAGUUGGAUAUUUUAGUGAAUAAUGCGUAUUCGGCAGUAAAUGCUAUAUUCAGUUCAAUGAACCUGAAGUUUUGGGAGCAACCCCCGUCAAUGUGGGAUGAUGUUAACAAUGUAGGACUACGAAACCAUUACAUAUGUUCUGUGCAUGCUGCAAGAAUGAUGGUACCAAGGAAACAAGGAUUGAUUGUAAAUGUGUCGUCUCCCGGAGGACUGCGAUAUACGUUUAACGUAGCUUAUGGUAUUGGAAAAGAAGCUUGUGAUCGUAUGGCCGCAGACUGUGGAUUUGAGUUAAAAAAACACAAUGUGGCAUUCGUCAGUUUGUGGCCGGGUCCCGUCGGAACAGAAAAUGUUCUGACAAAACUCAGGGAAAAUGUAAAGGAACCGAAAGCGGAGGGUGACUCAAAUAUACCAAAGGCUAUAAGACAACCUGAAAAGAUGUUGGAAUAUUUCGAAAAGGGAGAAACAACAGAGUUUGCAGGACGGUGUGUAGCUGCAAUCACUACCGACCCUGAUUUGUUGAAAAUGAGCGGGAAAAUUGUACAAACGUGCGAUUUAGGGCAACGGUAUGGGAUUGAAGACACCGAGGGACAUGAGCCGUCAGACUUCCGUCAGAUAAAUUGGAUUUUAAAUCGGUUCGGACAUCCAUGGCUAGCAUGGUGUGUUCCUAAUUUCGUCCGUAUACCAAAAUGGAUGGUAGCUUUAAGUGGAAACAAAUUUUUCUGAUAUACUACACAUAUGUUGAAAGAAAAUAUGUUACAAAUGUAUUGUGCUUUGAUAUACAACAAUCCGUAAAAAGUCACAAGAUAGAAUGAGACGGCUAGUAUAGUUCGUACAUGUAUAAAUUGCAUGAUGGAACCGUGCCUAAAUUUUAACAUAUCUUUUGCAGAUUAUGUGUGUUGCCUUUGUCACGUUGUUACGCCUUCAGUUAAUAUUUUUGUCAAGAUUAUUUAUGUUUAUGUUUUAUUAUGUUAUUUAGGGGCCGACCAUUUCAACCUCUAGGAAGGGGAGGAGGAUUUUACUUGCUCGGAUCUAAGAUAUUUUUUUGCCUUCAAUGAAAGAUCUUUUUUACUUUUGAAUUGCAGAAUAGCUCUGGUACAUUUGAUGUAUAAAUCGAUAUAUAACCCCCCACCCCUCCCCGCCUUUCGUUCUUUUUUUAUGGAAUAAAUUAUACACAAAUACGAAAAUCAUGCGCAUACUCGGCCUCUGGACUUGUGUGAUUUAUCUGAUAUAAUCCAAGCAAAAAUGUCUGAUAAAGAUAGGACAUAACCAUGAUAACUGUCUAGACUUAAUGCAAGGUACACGCAGUCUGAUGGGUAGAGAAAGGGAGAAGAAGCAAAAUAUCUUGUAUAACUAGAAGACAGUGAGUCUGUUUUCUGGACUCUCCUGGACCUCAGAAAAGGAGUUGUGAAGAACAUCAUCCAAAGACAACAAUGACUACAUGGUCUUAGACCCUUAUUACAAAAGUUUUUAGGGUCAGCGUUUGCUGGAGCAGGCGGAAGCUUCCAUGAUGGACAAUUUCAAUUUUAAAAGUGCGGUCGCUCUUCUUUUUGUCUGUCUUUUUUAAUGAUGUUUUCCUCGUUGUUCUAUAUAUUUACCCGAGCACCUUUGUGGUUAACAUAUCAAACAUUUUGUUUACUAGUAAAUGUCAUUUAAAAGGGGAUUUUUAUAGCACAGUCACGUUACCUUUGAGCAUGGUGCAGAUUAAGUGGGAGGGCUUGUGAUCAAUUUACCGGGUUUUAUUUCAACUCCCCUGUUUUGUUAAAGCCGAUGCGGUACAAUUACGUGGUACAAUACUGCGGUACAAUAUUAUGGCACAAUACUGCGGAAACAUAAUGUGUUCUUUUGUGUUUGUCCUCUUUGGUGUUGAAUAAACUGUGUGCACAUCCAUACAUACACUAUUGUAGGGUUUCGUUCGGAGGUAGCUGCGUUCUUUACUUUCAAAUAUUCAAUAUAGUCUGUAUCAGUUUUGGCAGGAUUUCAUGAAAUAUAUGAACAUUCUCCAGA